GAAAGACAAAAUGAUACAGCGAAGAAAACUGGUAAGACUGUUCCAUACAAAAAAAAAAAAAAGUUCCAAACAAGAUUGUCUUCAUGCUGAGGGGGUUGACAAUAACGUACCUGCACGUGGAAUCACAUCUGCAUAUUUCAUGGAAAGCAUGAUUGCUGUAUCUUUUUGAAUUUCUAAAUUAAAUCUCAGUUUCCCAUCGUUUAAAUCAUUCGUCAUGAGGAUGGCGUUUGUUGAGAAGAAAAAUAGAUUCAGAUUUGCAGUACCGAAGAACAGUGAAAAAAGACACGGACUAAUGGUAAAAGAUAUGACGCGGACGGAGGACGAUUGGACCUUUUUGUUGUGCUAUCCCAGUUCGGUUGCUUCGGAUAGAAUUGUUGGCAAGAUCUUGACGGCAAUUGAGGGGAUCGGCUUGGACAUCAUAGGGAUGAGAUUAAUGUGCGCAUCAGCAAAAUUUCUGACUACACACUUCGACAGGGAUGGUAGAAACCCUUGUCCCGGUGAUUCUAUGCUACAUCUUACUCGCUAUCCAUUUAUUGCCAUGAUAUUGGUAGGUGAAGGUGCUAUUGAGAAGGCUCGUCAGCUUACAUCACAAGAAUAUGAAUCAUAUUUUACCUGCCAAAAGGUAAUUCAGCUUACAUCAGAAAAGGAAACAGUUGCGCCUGGCAGGCUAAAAGCUUACACCAGUGAUUCAUAUAAAAGUGCAGUAGAAGAUUAUGAAUUGUGGUUUGGUAGUGACUCUCUUUUCACCUGGAGAAAACAAGUAGAGGCAAGUAAAUAUCUGGCAUGUGCAUUCCCUGAUGGCACUGUAUCUGGCCCAACAGUCGAUGUUAGGGAAAACAUAGUGAAAUUGGAGCCCUAUAUUACCGUUCCACCAUAAGUUUCCGGUUCUUGUUAUGAAAUACAAUGUCUAUUUCAUUUUCUACAGAGUUUGUCUCUCAUUGUUUUGCCUAAAAGAGGGUUGGUGAUAGUUGUGGCUAGCCAUCGAUAGACCAAAAGAGGGUGAGAGCAGUACCAAGAUGUUUGACCGCUUGGGAAGUCUUCGUGUACCUUUGUUUGGUUGAAAACCAGUCAUUUCCUUGGGAAAGGGCGAGACCAGCACCAGGAUGGGUGGCCAUUUGGGAAGUCCUCCUUUUCCUUUCUAGCCUACCCCAAUUUUUUUGGGACUAAAGUCUUAGAAGAAGAAGCUUCUCACUGUUUUUGUCUUUACUUUGUUUUAUAUACUCUCAAUAUGUUAUUUCAGGAAUUUUGCCGACAUUUACUACAAGGAUGAUCUUACAUUUGUCCUAAUUAGGCCUUUGGCUUUCAAGAAGCAAUGUGUGGGUGAAUUGGUAUCCAUUAUUGAGCGUAACUCCUUUUACAUAAAAGGUUUGCGAAUGUCUUUGAUUUAAUCUAGUUUACUGUAUGUCUAGGUUGAUGUUUUUGAAAUUUGAGGUCACAAUUUGGUUUAUACAAUUCUUUUAUGCUAGGGUUAAAGCUGGUAAGAAAGUCUGAAUUUCCUCACAGCGAGGCAUGGCUUGCUUCGUCAAGUGGAGUUGAUGAAUAUGAAUUUGGUAUUGGUAUUGCCAUGCCUGUGCGUCAUAUUCUCCCACAGAUACAAAUAGUUGAAUAUGACGCUUAUUUAUUUUAUCAU